AUGAUCAGCAAUGUGCCCAGCCUAGGAGAUGAUAUCUUCGCUUGCAAAUUGAUGGGUGUCGAGGUAUUGAAAGUAGAGAAGAGGGAAGGUCCCAGUCCCCCAGGACCAUACGAAGCUGUAGUCGCUCCUCAGUUCAAUGGAUUAUGCGGAUCAGACAUGCAUAUCUACCUCACCGCGCUCCUCGGCGAAGAAAAGAUGAAGGAACCCUUUGUUUUAGGCCAUGAAGCUUCAGGGAUCGUAGUUGCCACCGGAUCUGACGUGAAGAAUGUGAAAGUCGGUGAUAGGGUUGCACUUGAGCCAGGUGAAGGUUGUGGUAGAUGUAACGAUUGCAAGAAAGGUGCCUAUAACCAUUGUGAUGAUAUGAAGUUUGCAGCGGCGGAUGGCAGAGAUGGGACACUACAAGGCUUAUACAAACUACCCUCCGAUCUCUGCUACAAACUAUCUGAUAAUAUAUCUUUGGAAGAAGGUGCUCUGAUUGAACCUCUAGCAGUAGCUGUAAAUGCUAUAAUCAACAUAGCGAACUUACCACACUCUUCCAACGUAGUGGUAUUUGGUGCAGGUCCAGUUGGAUUGCUAACAAUGGCAGUAGCUAAAGCUCUAGGAUCAAGAAGGAUCAUAGCCAUCGAUAUCCAAGAAGAAAGGUUGAAUUUCGCAAAAUCAUAUGCUGCAACUGAUAUUCACGUUGCUUCACCAAUGAUCAAAGGUGAAAGCAAAACUGAUUAUUCCAAACGUCAUGCUGAGAUCAUCAAGCAAUCACUUGGAAUAUCAGAUAGAGGAAUCGAAGCUAUUGAUGUGGUUAUAGAUUGUUCCGCUGCAGAAGUAUGUAUGCAAACCGGAAUAUGGUUGACGAAAAGAAAAGGAAUAUAUGUUCAGGUUGGAUGUGGUCCGCUAUAUGUUAAUCUACCUAUGAGGAUAAUAGCAGAUAGAGAAUUGACGGUCAAAGGUUGUUUCAGAUAUGGCCCAGGAGUGUACACCAGAGCAAUAGAUUUGGUUUCUAGAGGUUUGAUAGAUUUGAAACCACUAAUCACCCACAAGUAUCCUUGGGAGCAAGCUUCAAAAGCUUUCACCACUACCAAAGCAGGUAAAGGUGAUGAUGGUAGAUUAGCUAUCAAAGUGAUGAUUGGUCCACCACCGAAGUGUUAG